AUGGAUAUUGUAUUUCCUAGUAAUCUGACAUUAAUUGAUUCUGAUGCUUUUUCUAAUAUAGCAACACUAAAAUCCAUUUCAUUUUCAUCUGUCAAGCCAUUAGUAAUAAAUAGAGAAAGUUUUAUUAAUUGUUCUGCAUUGAAAACUAUGACUUUCUCUUGCACAAAUAAUAUUUCAUUGGGAAUUUCUUGUUUCUCUGGCUGUUCGUCUCUAGAAGGAAUAAAUAUUCUGUUGUAUGUGAAACAAGUAUCAACAAGCUGUUUCGAGAAUUCUGGAAUCAAAUCAGUCACAUUUGAAUCUCAAAAGUCAUCAUUCGACAUCAUUCCUUCUCUUUUCUUCAAAGGAUGUCGUGGAUUGAGCGAAAUUAUUAUUCCACCAAGCAUUGUCACGCUUGGUUCAGAAUGUUUCAGUUGGACAUCGAUUGAAUCUAUCACAAUCCCAAGUUCUGUUGAAAUGAUCUCAAUGCAAUGUUUCAAAGAUUGUCGUUCACUCGCGAGCAUCACAGUUGAUUCAUCAAGUCAAUUAAGUCGAAUUGAGUAUUUAUCAUUUGAGAAUUGUUUCAAACUCUCAACGAUCAAUCGAUUCGAGUCUGCUGGUUUUAUCUGUGAUGGCAUUGCUGUUUAUAGUAUUGGAUAUGAUCGACUUGUUGUUUAUCCACCUGCAUCAACACGUGCAUUCUUCACACUGAAAGACACGAUCAACCGUGUUGAAGAUUCUGCAUUUCUCAUGUGUCGAAACAUUGAGUCUAUCAUGUUACCCGACAGUGGCAUCACAAGCAUCGGUCGAAGUGCAUUUCGAGGAUGUUCAUCUCUGAAACACAUCAGCAUUCCAUCCAGUAUCACGAGUAUUGGUGAGAGCGCAUUCACCGACUGUCCACUUCUCCGCUGUGGUGCAGUUGUUCAGAACAAGACUCGUCCAUUCUUAUUCAUGCUUGCACAAUCUGGUCUCCAUAUCUCUAUUUCCAACACUUCUGACUGUUUCAUCCAAACAUGUCCAUUCAGAUGUCAUCAAUCGAAUGUCGUUUCUAUCUUUUCUAUUUCUGUUUUUAUUCUUAUGUAUAUUUAA